GCUCAUUUCACAGAAGAAAUAUUUUUCUUUUCGGAAGAAGAUCCCGACAAAGCGGCCCUAUUUCUUUUCAGCCCGAAAAAGUCGAAUUAUCCGAAAACCGACGAUGUACGCCAGGACAAAUACCGGCAGCACACACGGAGACUUUCAAGAUAGAAACGGAGUGAAUUAUGUGACAUCAACAGAGUCUUUCGGCCACUGCUCUCAAUUGUUCUGGAAAAAGGAUCCCAACGACUCCGGACCGAGUUCGACCAUCAGCUGGUGCGAUCAGCUCCCCACGUCCUCGGCAGCCCUCUCCAGUUCUAGUCUCUCCUCAGCGUCACUCUCCAGCUCCAGUCUCUCCUUGGAGUCCCGAGCAGCGGCGACAGCGGCGACGGCGCCAGACGACAUGGAUUCCGACGAGAGGCCGUACGCCUGCGACAUGUGCACCUGCGCCUACAAGCACGCCAGCUCCCUGCUCAACCACAAGCUCACCCACAAGACUGGAGACUUCAGGUGCGACUUUUGCAGCAAGCCCUACACCAACUACAUGUCCCUGCGCAACCACAUGCGAAUCCACGGUCAGAAGCGCUACAUGUGCGACCUGUGCGGGAAGGCCUUCCGUCUGGCCCGGUACCUCCGUAACCACCAGAGGAUCCACGACGACGGGCCCAACCGCUUCGACUGUCCCUCCUGCUGCAAGAGCUACAGGACCAUGCUGGAGCUGGCCCAGCACCGCUGCACUGCUGCUGCUGCUACAACCAACCAGAACCGGUUCAACUGCCCGUCCUGCUUUAAGAGCUACAGAACCAUGCUGGACCUGGCCCAGCACCGCUGCAGCGCCGCGGCCAAAAACCAGUCUGGUGGUCGUCGUUCCAAUUAUGGCAGCGGUCAUCGCCGACAGCAGCAGCAACAGCAGAACAGGGCUAAUGCCAUGAUGCAACCGCCGCAUGGGGGACACGGCCAGCAGGAACCUCUGCCCUCCCACUGCGUCUCCCCCAUGUCCCAGGGAGGUGUGACCAGCCAGUCUGACCCGCACCAGCAGGGCCGUCCCAGCUCGGUGUCCUCCCAGAGCAGCCAGCAGAGCAUGAGGAGCACGUCCUCCAACAAACACAUCUCCUCCUCCAGUGCCACCCCGUCCUCCUCCUACUCCCUGCUCCAGCCCCUGGUACCUGAGGUAAAGGAGCUGAGCUCGGGAUACACUAGGCUGAGCGCCAACCCCAUGCCGAAGCACCAGGACACUUUCUCUCUGGCCCCCCAGCGUCCCCUCACCACCAUCAACCCCAUCGGCCACUCCCUCCAUCCGAACGGAGCGCCCACGCUCAAGCCUUCCCCCGUGCCACGCACCAUCCAGGCCAUGCCCUGGGAGCAGCGCUCCCUCUACAAUCAAUGAGACCCUUGGGAACCACCCCCCACCCACCCCCCCUCUUCACGUCGCGUCCACCAUCACCCCCACACGCCCUCCUCAUUCUCCCCACCCCUUUUCGGACCCAGCAUCAAGGAGGGAGGACUUUGGACGCCCCUCCAUCCGCCUCACCUUUCCGUUGGAACGUUGUGUUUGGGAUUGGGGAAGGGCACCAUUGAGAACUAGUUGAGAUUGAUUACUGAGUAGUUAGGUUUAAAAACAAAAAAAAAAAAAAAAAUGUGUUGCCUUGACCCUCUUGUAUGAUCUAUGCCAUGUACUGGAUAUAUAAGUUAAAAUGUCUGUCCCCUAAUCUGUCCUCUCACUAAGAAUUUAUCUCCCCAUCCUCCUCUCCUACUCUACUUAUGAAAAUAUCUAUCCUUCCCAUUAUGAAUAGUGCCCCUCCCCCCCUUUCUCCACAUGUUAAAUGAAACAAAAGGCUAUUUUUUAUCUAGAGUGUUCUGAACCCUGAACGAGGGAUUCCAAGGCGCGAAGUUGUCAAAAGUUAAUGUGACAAAAAUUCUCCCUUCAGUCUGUUUUUUUUUAACAUAAAACCCAAACGUUUAAGUCAAAUGAGGCUUCUAGAAGGAGAAGGGGGAAACCUUUUAUUUUUACGUACCCCUUUCAACGUGCUCCAGAAUGAAGAUUGUGUAUAUUGUGCGUUAGGAGGUGUCAUGAGUAUUUCCGAAAGCCGUUUCCUUUUUUUUUUUUUUUUUCUUCUCUCCUCUCUUGUUUCUCCCUGACGUCCCAGUCCCCACACCUGUCAUCUCCAAGCGUCAACAGCGAGGACCACGACGGACGCGAAGCCGGCCGCCUGCUCUGCGGGACGCGCUGACACGUACACGUACCGUUGGGCUCCUCUGUGUUGUUGAAGACUGAAGCCGUUGGAAAAAGGACCUGGAUGUUAACCAGCCACAACCACCCCACAAGGACCGUUUUGGUGUGGUUACCUUCUCUCAACACACAACUGAAAGCUCACUUUUUUUUUUUUCUUUUUUUUUUUUUUUUUUUUCUAAAAAAAAACUUGCAUCUGACUUGUUGUUAUUGUAGUUUUAAUAAUAUGUUUGCUGGGAAUCAAAUCUAGAAGAUAAACAGUACAAGUCUCCAUCCCUUUUUUGUUCCAAACUGACUGUUAACACGUUUGUUCCUUUUCACUUCAAAGCACUUUAAGACAAGUGCUGUAUACUUAUUACUGUGUCUGCCACCCACCCACCCACCCUCUGUCUAGAGCUGUGUCGGCUGUAAAGAUGUAACAUUGCCUUACAUCAACCCCUCAUCGCGACUCACGCACAUGAUUCCCCCCCCCCCCCCCCCCAGUGACUUGGCAGCAGUACUGGGCCCGUUUGAGCCCAUAUCACGGCUGCAUCUGGAAGCUCCAGUGGCCAAAACACAGUAUGUCUGCAGCUCUGGACUACCCCCCCACCCCACCCCGACUCCCCACACCCUCCAGUGUUGCUUUUCCUGUAGAAAAACGUCCUGCCUGCGUCUCACUGCUCACAGGAUGGAUUUAGUUAACACCUACCUGCGGGGUGUUUCAAUAAGCAGCCAACUGGCCAGAUAACUGCAAAUAAACACAUAAACGGUUGUUUUUUUUUUAAACGGUCAAUUUGAUGAAUACCAGUUAAAUCGUGGUUUCAUUAUCUACUUCUGUUACGUUAUCUCGCUAACCCGGUGUUCAUUGAAAUACCCACAAUUCUACUGACAUUGUUUUUUUUUCUCUUUUUAAAGUUGUUUCUAUUUUUAUUCAUGACAUGUUUUCAUUGUUGCUUUCUCUCCUUGUAAAGUGUCUUUGAGUAUUUAGAAAGUGCUAUACAAAUAAAAUGUUUUAUUAUUAUCA